CCGCCCGGGUAGCGCCCGCUGUCGCCGCCACCAGCUCUUUCGGCCGCCGGCACGGCACCGUCCACCGAGGAGCGGCGCCCGCCCUCCUCACUCCAGCCAUCGACUCCCUUCUCCGCCAGGACGCACCGCCCAGCAGCCGGCGCCGCCCCCUGGUCAACUUUGAGCUGGAGGAGAAGCAACUUUGACAGUGACCACGGGUUUCGCAUCCCGCUUCUCCACGGCAGCAGCGGCCUGGCGAGUCGCUGGGGUUAGGUGGGGCAAGAGUUUCCCGGGAGCGUCUGCGCGGCGUCUGGCUGUUUGCAACCUGUUUCCAGCGAGCCGGGAGCGGGAUUGUGGCUGCCAGUCAUCUGAAGAAGGGGAACUUGUUUUUCUCCCCCUGUAGCGACCUCGGCUUACAACUGGACAAAGCGGUUGAAAGGAUGUAAAAAGGCAGCACAACUGUUACCAACUGGAUAAAGCUGUAUCGAAAGGAUGUAAAUAGGCAGAGCAACUGUUACCAAGAAGGCAACCACCCAAAGGCAGGGAGGAACGUGGGGCUUGGUCCGGGCUUCUCCCGGUAGCAACAUUCAUCAACAGUCAGGUGUUGGUUACAACUUUUCAAGGUCAGCCGUCGGGAGCAGUGACUCCCUCUCUGAACCUUGCGGGGGGGAUACGCAGCGCUCGGGGUGGGUUCGGCCGAGAGAUGCACGGGAAGCCAAACGAGGAAGGAUUGUAAAGGGGGAGGGUUUGUGACCCAAGACCCAUCCCCCAACCUCCCCGUAAUCUCCCGUCCCCCACUGCCGGGGCGGGGGUGAGUAUGUGACAUGUGUCUAACUCUCAGCAGCAACUUAGGCAGCAGGUGUCGGUCCUAACCGGGAGCCGCGGCCGCGGGGAGCGCCCUCACCGAGCCAUGCGGGCCCCGGGCUCGCCUCUCGCCCGCACCUUGCGGCUGCUGCUUCUGCUACUGCUCAAGGUUUCUGCCUCUCCUGGCCUCGGGUCCGCUUCUUCGCCAAGAAACGAAACUUGCCUGGGGGAAAACUGUUCACCUGCACUGAGCCACCGUCGCAGCAGGGACUCUUGGGGACUGGGAAAUUCUGCAGAAGACCUGCUAGCCCGUGCGCUCAGGGAGGAGGAGCAGGGGGCAGCGGUGCGCGCACCGCUCUUUAGGGACAUAAGGGCAGCUCCGGGCGGUGACCCAGGUGCAGGCAGAGGGGCGGAGGCGUUGACCGCACAACCCUCGGGACCUCCAGCCAGGCCGCCUGGAGCCUGGAGGUGGAAAGGUGUCCGAGGUCAGGAGCCCCCUGGAACUUUGGCGAGAGGGAACCCCCCGGCUCUCCAACUCCUCCUUCAGAUCUCAGAGGAGGAAGAGAAGGGUCCUAGAGGCUCUGGCAUUUCUGGGCACAGCCAGGAGCAGAGUGUGAGGACGGAACCUGGCGCCAGCGACCUUUAUUACUGGCCAAGGAGAGGCGGGAAACUCCAGGGCUCCCACCACGACACCCCACCCAAGACGGUCAAUGGACUGUCUGGGCACGAAAGGAGGACAAUUGCACCCCCUGGCAGGGCGCUGGCCCAGAAUGGGUCCACGGGCGAAGGGAUCCACGAGCGCGGGGGUCCCCGCCGGGGAAACAGCACAAACCGACGCUUGAGAAUAAAGAACCCCUUCUACCCACUGACCCAGGAGUCCUACGGCGCCUAUGCGGUCAUGUGUUUGUCUGUGGUGAUCUUCGGGACUGGCAUCAUUGGCAACCUGGCGGUGAUGUGCAUCGUGUGUCACAACUACUACAUGCGGAGCAUCUCCAAUUCCCUCUUGGCCAACCUGGCCUUCUGGGACUUUCUCAUCAUCUUCUUCUGCCUUCCGCUUGUCAUCUUUCACGAGCUGACGAAAAAGUGGCUGCUGGAGGACUUCUCUUGUAAGAUUGUGCCCUAUAUCGAGGUGGCUUCCCUCGGAGUCACUACCUUCACCUUAUGUGCUCUGUGUAUAGACCGCUUCCGAGCAGCCACCAACGUGCAGAUGUACUAUGAAAUGAUCGAGAACUGUUCUUCCACAACUGCCAAGCUUGCUGUUAUAUGGGUGGGUGCCCUACUGUUAGCACUUCCAGAAGUCGUUCUCCGCCAGCUGAGCAAGGAGGAUUUGGGGUUUAGUGGCCGAGCUCCCGCGGAACGCUGCGUCAUCAAGGUCUCCCCUGACUUACCGGACACCAUCUACGUUCUAGCCCUUACCUAUGACAGCGCAAGACUCUGGUGGUACUUCGGCUGUUACUUUUGUUUGCCCACACUUUUCACCAUCACCUGCUCUUUAGUGACUGCGAGGAAAAUCCGCAAAGCGGAGAAAGCCUGUACUCGAGGGAAUAAGCGACAGAUUCAGCUGGAAAGCCAGAUGAACUGUACAGUGGUGGCUCUGACCAUUUUGUAUGGGUUUUGCAUUAUUCCUGAAAAUAUCUGCAACAUUGUUACUGCCUACAUGGCUACGGGGGUUUCCCAGCAGACCAUGGACCUGCUUUAUAUCAUCAGCCAGUUCCUUUUGUUCUUUAAGUCCUGUGUCACCCCUGUCCUCCUUUUCUGUCUUUGCAAACCCUUCAGUCGGGCCUUCAUGGAGUGUUGCUGCUGUUGCUGUGAUGAGUGCAUUCAGAAGUCUUCGACAGUGACCAGCGACGACAAUGACAACGAAUACACCACAGAACUCGAACUCUCGCCUUUCAGUACCAUCCGCCGCGAAAUGUCCACUUUCGCUUCUGUUGGAACGCAUUGCUGAAGAACAGCCUUUUCUUUGGUUAGAUCUAUGUGUUUGAUUUUCAUAUCCUGUCAACGUUUUUACUUAAUAUUUUUCCCUACCGGGGAAAAAUGCAACGAAAGAGAGAAAUAUUAACGACUGUAGAACUGAUUUUGCAAAUUAAUAUUUGUGCUUUGAAAAAAAAUGUUUAUAUUUAGUUAUUUAAGACGUAUGAGAAGGCCAAUAGUUUUAGAUCAUUAUAUCUGGUAUGGUGCUAAUAUUUUAUUUGAAAAAAGUUACUGCACCUUAACUUAAUUGAUUACUAACUUUCUUUUAAAAAUAUAAUCAGUGUAUAUUGAUGAUAGCCAUGCGAUUUUGUAGGUUAUUUUAUGUUUGAGUUGUGAUUGACGGUAUAUUGUAUAUGGUAUCGUGAGAUGAUUUGUAGUUAAGGAGCAUUCACAAAGUAGCACCAAAUAAAUUAUGCUUUAUUGUUUAAUGUCAUUGUCAAUCUACUUUUAACCGAGAUUCAAUAAAUCUUUUAAUUGCCUUAAAUACACAAUUACUGGUUCUACGCACAAUUUAAAGUCAGCCUUAUUGCUUUAAAGUUCUAUUUUCCUUUAAGGCAGGUAAUCACUAUGUUCUAAAGCAGUUUUCCUAAUAGUACUAUUUUAUAUGCAUGAUUCAUAUACAACUAUAUUGUAUGUUCAAACAAAAUUGUAUUUUUAAUAUUCAGAUACAGAUGUAAAAUUACUUCCAAGUAUUUAUAAAAUGUGACUAGACAGCAGAGCAGGAAGAAAGUAUCUUUUUUAUCAUUAUUAUUCACCUCUGAACUAGCAUAUAGAGCUAUAGAUUUUCCCAUUAUGGAUUAUGAGCAGAAUCUAGGACUAAAACAUGAUGCACCUGUCAUCUGAUUUCCUCUGAACACUGACCUUUGAAGCACUCUGAAUUCUAACUUUUCUCCACUUAAAAAAUGAACUUGGUUACAUCUGUGUGAUUUAAUUUCUCGAAGUAGAAUGAAAGUACAGUAGUAGCAUAAUAAAAUAUUUAUAUAUCUUGAUUUGAACACUUGAAUAUUCAAAUUUAUUUUGAAUUGAUAUUCCAUAAGCUUCCAACAAAAAACUAAUCCUCUCCAUUUGAAUAUUAGAUUCCCCUCAGGAGUUUAAGCUCCGGCAGUUGUGUAGGAUGACUGCCUGCCACGCAGGACACGUGUCUAAAUCAGGUGGCAGAGACAGAGGCCUGGCGAUAGAUGUAACGUCUCUGUCUUCAGACAAAGCAUAGAAGGGAAACCAAUUUUCUGGCCAGAAACCACCCUCUGUUUUCAGCUUGUCAAUUUCUGUACAUUGAGCAUAACCGAGUGGUGACUUCUUUCUUCCAGAUUAUAGCAUGAUGUUAUUUAAAUUGUUAAGCUUUAGUGUUAGAAAAAUUAAAGAUACUUAAUCUAGACCGUUCAUCUUCCAGAUGACACUCAGAUUAACUAAAUGACAAUGUCCAGAAUAUCUCCUUUUCCCUAGUCCAGUACUCUCUGAAGGGAUUUCCACCCACCCCACUGCCCCACUAUCUGUAUUGUAUGGAAUUUGAGGGAUUUGAGAAUGAGAGGAAAAAAAAAAAGAUACCAUUGUCUUCUUAUAGAUCCCUGUAAUAAAUCUUUGGAAAACUUCUUGAGGACACCUAAACUAGGUUUUGGCUACUGAGAUCAACAAUUGUGAUUUCUCAGUGUCUCUCCUGAUACUUAGUCAACUUUAUAAAUCAAGAAAUACCGACUGAGGUGGCUCAGUCAGUUAAGCAUCCGACUCUUGGUUUCAGCUCAGAUCUGGCAGUUUGCGGGAUUGAGCCAUGCGGUGGGCUCUGUGCUGACAGUAAGGAUCCUGCUUGGGAUUCUCUCUCUCUCCCUCUGCCCCUCCCCUGCUCAUGUUCUCACUCUCUUUCUCACUCCCUCUUUCUCUCAAAAUAAAUAAAUUUUUAAAAAGAGAGAAAAACUGAGAACAUGAUGUAGAAAAUGUUCUAUGUUAUCACCUAUAGUAAAUAAAAGUAACCAGAGCUUAGUGUCAGAUUUUCAAAAUUGGGCAGGGGUGGCAUGAGAAAGCAGGAAUAAGACAAAUGCAUGUACAAUGAUGGUUAAAGCUGGGACCUGCUAGGGAGGUGUAAAGGUCCAUGAUGGAUCAGAAAAGAGAGAGAGAGCCCAUCAGACUGGGAGAGAUCGUGAAAGGCUCUGUAAAAUAACUGGAUGGAUAGUCUGUCAGAAGUUUGAUAAAAGUACUAUGAGGAGUGAACACUCCAGGAGGAGGGAGCUGGUUAAAGAAAGGAAGAGAGAGAAAACUCGUGGGGUACGGCUGAAGAAUAAAUGUUUGGUUUGGUCCGGUCUGGUUCCCAUGCUAUGUGUGCAUAGAAGCCUCAUGGAAUAUGCUGAUGAAAAUAUGCACUGAAACCAUAUUAUAAAAGGGUCAUGCUUUGAAAGAUGUUCAGACGGAGUCCUUCAGGAAAUGUGGCUUGUUUUUUGAGCAUUGGAAAAACAUUGUUGCAACUCUGUGGUAGGAAGAUCAAUUUGAAGACAAUUUAAAUGGGCUAUUGAAUCUGAAAGUGAAAAAAACAAUUAGGAAAAUAUUAUACAGGUUUGACUCCAAUGGAGGCAGUUGGGACUCAAAUUUCUUUUUUCCUGGUGUCCUUGACUUUCAGUUGAAACAUAUGCCUUCUUAUUGAAUGCUAUCUCUGUCAAAGUAGAAACUUUGAUAACCACAAUGAAGUCAUCCCAAGGGUGAAGUAGCUUGGAAGUUUUCUCAUGGCCUUGAUCACAGCUUUCUCAUAAGAAUUCCUACAGCAUGCUUUAAAAAAAAAAAUUAACCUUUUUUGCUCUACUUCUUUCUAAUCCAGAUCCCGUCCCGUGUCUUCCCCCUCCUCAAAGUUUCCUUAAGAAGAGAAAUUCAUGCAUAAGAUUAAGUCUACUAAAAUUUUGAUUGAUCAGAAAACUCUACAAAUGGUGUCUGAGCUACUGAACCAAAUCAACUCUGUGGUUUCGGGAUAGUCAAUGAAACUCUCUUCAAAAUAUCUAUGUCUGUAUCCAUAUAUCUAGAUGUAUGUCCAUAUAGAUAUAGAUUAUUCAUUAUAUCUAUUAUAUAUCUAUAACUGGACAGUAUAAUCAACUCAGCAUUUCCUUGAUAAUUCACAAUUCUGAAGACUUCAAAUCUAUGACUUCAAAAAUCAACUCAUUUACAUUCAACUCAAUGAUCCUUUAUUAAACCUCUUUAUGCCUGGUGCUAGACUAGGCAGUUGGAACACAAAAUUUAACUUCUUUUCUUUUUUUUUUUUCAUUUAUCUUGAGAUAGAGAGCUAGAGAGCACGAGCACGCAUGAGUGGGGCAGGGGCAGAGAGAGAGAGAGAGAGAGAGAGAGAGGGAAUCCCAAGCAGGCUCUGUACUACCAGCGUGGAGCUUGAUGUGGGGCUUGAAUUCACGAACCAUGAGAUUAUGACCUGAGCCAAAGUCAGAUGCUUGACCAACUGAGCCACCCAGGCGCCCCUAACAUUCUUAACCUUAAGAUCCUUGUAAAUAAAAUUUCAUGUGACAAGUGCAGCAUGCAUGAAGCACAGAGUGGAUGGUGGGAAGCUGAAAGUGAACCAACUCCCUUUGAGAGCUCAGUGGUUGGGCGGAAAGAGAUAGGAAUGAAGGCUUCACAGAGGAGGAAGAGCAAACGAGCACUUCGUUCCAUAUUUCAGAUCUAAGUGAUUUACAUCUGAAUCCAGAUGAAUUUGUGUUUAUUCUAUGGACAUGUUGAUACUGUUUUUACAAAUAUAUGCUUAAUAAUUCUUCUUUUUUCAUCAUUUACUUUUUUCUCAUAAAAGUGGAAUUAGAAUAAAGGUCCACUUCCUUAAUAAUUAUGAUAAGAUUGAUUUUUAGUGUGUUAUAAAAAGUAUGCAAGUGAAAUUGAGUAGAGCAUGGAUGGGUGAAAUAAUGACUCUUCCAUUAUAUCUCAAUUCAUUUAUUCAACCAAUGAAUACCAUUUAUUCAACUUACUACUAUAUGUUAAGCACUGUUGUGUGUGCAUGUGCCAUAGCUGUUUAAAAAUCCUGAAGAAGCCCUCCCCUCUCUUGUUGAGAGAGACAGAAAUUAUACUAAAUAAAUGUUAAAGGAUUAUAUACACAUGGUACGUUUGAUAAAGAAAAGUAACAGGGACAAAAGGAGUACCAGUGUAAGGAGGAAUUAGGAAGAAGACGUUAGUGUAAAGGUCAUAUUAGAGUAAACAAGUUAUAUAGCCUUCUGGGGGAAGAGCAGAGGGAAUAGGUGAGGUGCAAAGGCUCUGAGGUGGACACAUCCUUGAUAGGUUUCAGGAAUAGAAAGUGGCCAAUGUGGCUCGAACAGAUUGAGGGAGGGGAAGAGAAGUACCAUAUGAGAUCAGAGAGCUGAAAGGAUGCCAGAUGAUAAGCUAUUGCAAUGACUUUGCUGUUUAUUCUGGGUAAGACUCCAUUGGAUGGUUUAGAGAGAGGACUGACUUGACUUUUUAAAUAACAUUUAGUUAUUUAGUUUUAAAAUUAAGAUACAUUUUUUAUUAAGAUAUAUAGUAAAUUCACCCCUUUUAGCAUAUAGUCCUGAGCACAUAUCAUCAUGUAACCACCACCAAAAAGUAUAGAACAGUUCUAUCAUUCUAGAAAGUUUUAUAGUUCUAUAGAACAGUUGUAUCUUUCUAGAAAGUCUCCAAAGACACAUGGAGGCAUGUGUCUUUGUAGCCAACUCCUUAUUUCACCCUCAGCCCACCUACUGAUCUGUUUUCUGUCCUUAUAAUUUACCUUUUUCAGACUGUCAUAUAAAUGGAUUAUACAAUACAUAGCUUUUGAGUCUUUGCGUAAUAUAUUGGAUAUUCAUCCAUGUUGCUGUAUCAGUAGUUUAUUUCUUUUUAUUGUGAAGUAAUAUUUUAUUGUAUGGAUGUAUCACAGUGUAUGCCUUUCCCAGUUAAGGGACAUUUGCACUGUCUCCAGUUUCCAGUUUGUUAUGAAUAAAGUCACUAUAAACAUU